AUGGCAUGUCGCACUUGGUUCUGCUUGCUGGCACUGGGACUUGCAGAUGCAUCCAGCGCCUGCGAUAGCAGGGGUGGCCAUUUUAUGCAGGAAGACUGGCCCUUCUGCGUUGAUCUGGUGCCUGGCAUCCUCAUGUGCUACGGAGUCUCCGGAGACUUCCUGAAGCUUGGCCUUUCAGUGUCGCCAGAGUUGAAUGCUGGUUGGAGUGCCCUUGCUUUUGGAUGCAACGGUGGCAUGAAGGGUGCCCAGCAGUUCGUGGUCCGCAAGGUAGAGGGGCGUUUCAUAGCAGAAGAGCGCUACGCGGAGACUUUCGCAACGCCACAGCUGCAGCCCGUCCAGGAGGUUCAGCUCAUCUUCGCCAGCGAGCAGUCCGGGCACAUUGAGUGGGGAAUCCUGUUGCCACGGAAGUCCUGUGCUGAAGGGGAGAGGUAUGCCAUUGAGGAUGUCCUUGUCAUGCAGUGGGCCAUCGGGGCAGGCCACGACUUUUUCUUCCACACUCGCAAAGGCAGUUUUUCGGUGGAUCUGCUCUCCGCGCCCAAGGUCCCCGAAUUGAGUCUGCACAGUGGCAAAAUGCUCACAGUCAGGAUGCCCAACAUUUUGCUCAAUGCCACCACAUCUUCAAGGGAUCGGUACUUUUGCGGUUUCUUUGACCUGAAGCAGCUUGCACCAGCUGGUCUGGACAUGGACGUUAAGAACCAUGUCGCUGCAUUCUUUCCUGAAGGAGAUUCCACCUUCUUGCCCUACAUGGUGCACCACGUAAUUCUCCUUUGGUGUGAAGAAGGCCUCUACACCCACCAUCAAAUCAUUGAGGAAUGCAUGAUGCCUCCCGGCUGCACGAUAUGGGCUGGGCUUGGGCCUGGUAGCCGGGGCUUGCAGCUGCCUGCAGAAGCAGGGUUUCCCUUCGGCGGACCAGGCCGCACACUAUUCACUAUUCGGGCUUCAAGCGCACUACUACAGCCCGUCCUCAACAUGGGGGCUUCGGGACAGCAGUGGCUUGAAUUUCUUCCUGGCUGA